AUGGGGAGUGUAGGCAUCACCGACGCGCAAUUUCAAAGGUAUCGGAUAGGAGUCGACGUGGGCGGCACCAACACCGACGCUGUGCUCAUCUCGCUGUCGCCGACGCAGAUCAUCGCGUCCCACAAAGCGCCCACGACGCCAGAUGUGACGACAGGCAUCACCGAGGCCGUCCGGGCCGUCAUCCAGGCGAGCAAUGUGGCCCUCGACACCAUCAGCUGCGUCAUCAUUGGCACGACGCACUUUGUCAACGCCGUGGUGCAGCGGUCUUCGUCACUCCAACGCGUCGGCGUCGUCCGUCUCUGCGGCGGGCCAGAGCAUGGCUUUGGCGUCGGCGUGCCCCCCUUUAUCGAUUUCCCCCCAGAUCUGCGUCGAUUGAUCGCCACCCGGCCCUUUUUCUGCCACGGCGGCCACCAGAUCUCGGGUGCGGAGAUCUCGCCCAUCGACCAGACCGAGCUGGAGAGAGUGGCUGGCGAACUAGCUGCGGACGGCGUCUUCAACGUGGUCGUCUCGGGCAUCUACUCACCCCCCAACGCGGCACAUGAGAUCCGAGCCGGCCGGAUCCUCCUGGAGAAGAUGCACGGGCUCGUUGCAGCCGCAGGCGUGUCAGCACGACCCCGUGUGACGCUGUCCCACCAGAUCUCGUCGCUGGGAUUCCUGGCGCGGGAGAACGCAGCCAUCCUCAACGCGUCCCUGCGACCGCUCGCCGAGAGGACCAUCUGGGGCUUCCAAAAGGCCAUGGUGGACAUCUUCCACGGGUCGCCCUGUGCGCUGUACCUGACGCAGAACGACGGGAGCGUGCUGAACGCGCCCGACGCCAUCGACCUGCCCAUCCGCACGUUCAACUCGGGUCCCACCAACUCGAUCCGGGGCGGCGAGUUUCUCUGGACCACGGCGGCGAGCUCAGACCUGCAUGAAUCCCAGGAAUCAGCGGCACGUCAGGACGCCCUCGUGGUGAUUGACAUUGGCGGGACGACCUCGGACAGCGGCCUGCUCCUCCCCAACGGGCUGCCCCGGAUGAGCUCACUCAUGAGCCUCGUGGGCGGCGUGCGGACAAACUUUGCCUUGCCAGCCGUGGAGAGCGUCGGGCUUGGCGGCGGCAGCAUCAUCAGAGUCUCCCCGGACCAUCUAACCGUCGGUCCAGACAGCGUCGCGCUGGAACUGCCGACGAAGGCGCGUCUGUUUGGCGGAGACGUGCUCACCGCGACCGACAUCGUGGCAGCGUCCGAGCUCCACGCGCCGUCUGGGGACAAUCCCCUUCAGGGUCUCGGGGAUCCAGCUCGUCUGAGAGAUGUCACGCCCGAGACGGUCGCGCGGGCGAAGCGAGAGAUGCGCCGCAUCGUCGAAGAGCUGGUCGACCGGACCAAAGUGCAAAAGGGGGACGUGGACGUCUUGAUUGUCGGCGGGGGCGCCAUCCUGAUCGACACGGACGAGCCGCUCGCCGGGGUCCGCACCGUGCGCAAAGUCAAGGGCGGCGAAGUCGCCAACGCGGUUGGGGCGGCCAUCUCGAGAGUCUCGGGCGUUGUGGACACGGUGGUUGACACGUCGCACCAGACGUUGAAGGAGGCUCAGGAGGUGGUGUCGCGGUUGGCGAUAGACGCCGCAGUGGCUAACGGGGCCAGACGUGAGACCGUCGAGAUCGCCGAGGUCACCAUCCUCCCCAUCCAGUACGUCGACGCAAAGGCACGGAUACUGAUCAGAGCAGUUGGCACGCUCGACACCGUCAAGCACGCUAAACAAGUAGCAUCAUCCACCAACAUCGCCCCGCCGCCAGAACUGCCUCAACACUCCGCCAGCAAAUCUCUAGAUCAUGCAUCAACAGACCUAAGAGAAGAAGAAGAGCUCGGAGUGGUUGACCUCGAAAAUUACCAACCCCGGGUCGAAAACCGCGAGUGGAUCAUCUCCAUGACGGAUCUCGAGUGGAUUUCCAGUGGCUGCAAGAUUCUCGGCUGCGGCGGCGGUGGCGACCCGUACCAGCAGUUCCUCAAGAUCACGGCGGUGCUGCGAUCGGCCCCGGGCAGCAUCAGGGUCGUAUCGCCCCUGGACCUCCCCGCGAGCGCCAUGGUCGGCUGGACCGGGUGCAUGGGUAGUCCCGAGGUGAGCAUGGAGCGGAUGGAGGCCGACGAGUGUAACAAGGCGCAGGACGAGUUGACGCGGGUGCUGGGCCUGCCGCCCAUGAACGGGUUCAUGGCCGUGGAGAUCGGCGGCGGCAACGGCCUGGUCAACCUCGAGGUGGCCGCCGCGCACGGUGUGCCCUGCGUCGACGCCGACCUCAUGGGCCGCGCGUACCCGACCUACUGGCAGACGACCAUCAAUGUCUACGGCUCCCCCAAGGGCGAGGCACUCGUGCCUGCUACCAUCGCCAGCGGGGACGGGUCGUUCAUGACCAUGACGGCCAGCCGGACAGACCGGCUGGUGGACAGUGCAUUGCGCGCCGCCGUGGUCGAGAUGGGGUGCCGAGCUGGAAAGGCCUGUCCGCCCAAGACAGCCAAGGUCGUUCAAGAGCAGGCCAUUCUCCACAGCGUGUCGUUGGCGUGGUGGAUCGGGCGGGCCGUGGCGCUGGAGAAGAACGUUGCAGACCGUGCAACGCGCAUCAUCGAAGCCGUGGGUGGUGCUGCCAGUGCCCGGAUCCUGGCCCAGGGCAAGAUCACCAGCGUCGAGCGCGUGCUAAAGACGGGCCACUCGUACGGCGUGGUAGAGAUUGACGGCGUGCUGAGCAGCUCCGGGGCUAAAGCCAGCGUCAGAAUCCCGUUCAAGAACGAAAACGCCUUUGUCGAAGCGACCACCGGCGAUGGCCAGACCACCAUCUUGGCCGCAGUCCCGGACCUCAUCGCCGUGCUUGAUCUGGAGACGGGCGCCGGCCUGGGUGUACCCGACUACAAGUACGGCCUAAAGGUGACUGUCAUCGCCAUCGCCGCGUCCCCUCGAUGGACCGACACCCCGCGAGGUCUGGAACUGGGCGGACCUGGGUCGAUGGGGUUUGAUCAGAUCAAGUAUGUGCCAAUUGGCAAGUACACCAAGCCCCGCAGUGUGAUUGAUGCGUUCUCAGAGAGAUAA